CCAGGCUUGUGGUAACAUGGCCGAUUUCCUCGUGCAUUCUCUGAAGAGUGCCCAGAUACCGGCACUCGCGCUAAUCUGCGUGCUGCUAAUUAUUCGCGUAGCGUCUCGCUUCGUGCACAUCACGAAGAAGGCCGUACCGCUCCCACCAGGUCCUGAUGUAAGCUGGUUUGAGCCUGGACCGAAGGCGCCUUUGAAACAUGCGGAGAUGGCGAAGACAUAUGGUCCCGUGUUCUCAUAUAAGCGAGGUAAUCAGGUCUAUUGCAUCAUCAACAGCUACAAGGAUGUAGUGGAGAUUAUGCAGAAGCACGGCGCGGACCUCGCUGGCCGCCCUGAUCACAUCGCCGCUGGAGACUUUCUCUCAGGCAGCAUGCGCACGUUGCUCGUUGACGCGGGUGAGAGGUUGAGGAGGCUGAGGAGAGCGUUGCACUCGCAGCUACAGCCUACAGCCGCCGUGCAGCACAAACCUAUCCAAUUCAAAUGCGCGCUGGACGUCAUACUAGACAUUCUCCGCGACCCUGAGGACCACAUCAAUCACACAAAACGAUUCGCCGCGAGCCUGAUCCUGACGAUGACGUACGGCAAGACGACGCCGACGAAGUACAGCGACCCCGAAGUGGUGGAGGUUAAUAUGCAUACGACGCGCCUCGGGAAAGUCAUGCCCGCGGGUCAGCACAUUGUGGACCGGUAUCCUUUGCUCAGACACGUGCCGUUCGUGACAGCGACGCUCCGUAGGUGGCAUGAGGAGGAACUGGCGCUGUUUUCUAGAAUGGUUGAAGGCGUAAGGGCGCAAGUUAGAGCGCACAGUGCACAACCUUCGUUCACAACUUAUCUCUUGGAACACCAAGAGGAAUAUGGACUCUCGAACGACGAGCUGGCGUAUCUAGCUGGGUCGAUGUUCGGAGCUGGAUCAGAUUCGACUGCAACUGCGAUCUCCUUCGUGAUUUUGGCUGCGGCCACUCAUCCCGAAGUUCAAGCAGAAAUACAGGUGCAGCUGGACAGUAUAGUUGGCAAAGACAGAGUCCCUACGUUCGACGACGAGAAGCUACUGCCGUUAGUGGUUGCUUUCUACCUUGAGACCUUCCGUUGGAGGCCAAUCAGCUGGGGAGGGGUCGCACAUCGUGCUACCAGCGAUAUCAUCUGGAACCAGUAUGUCAUCCCUGUGGGCACUGCAGUUUUCGGCAACCACUGGGCCAUCGGGCACGAUCCAGAUGUCUUCCCAGACCCGGACGAGUUCAGGCCAACUCGAUGGUUGGAUGCGACAGGCAAAUUGCGUGAAGACAUCAGUCCAUUUACAUACGGCUUCGGUAGGAGGGUAUGCAUAGGGCAGCACGUUGCCAACAACUCGGUAUUCAUCAAUACAGCUCUGCUAUUAUGGGCCUUCGACAUCCGCGAGGAUCCUGCGGCGCCACUCGAUACGAUGGGUUUUACAGACUCGGGGACGGUACGCGUAUUGCCGUUCCAGGUGAAAUUUUCGUCAAGGAUCGAGCAUCUGGAAGAUAUUAUAGAAGCAUCCAAGCCGUAAGACUGGCUCUGUAGUAGUAUGCGGCCUCCGUUAUAGUCUCGGCGAACGAACAUCGGGCUAGCAAAGGUAAAUCUAGCUUAGAAUAAAGAAACCAGUGACUUGAGGAAAGAAUGA